AUGUGUGUUGCUACUGGUGAUGCCCGGUUGCCACCAAGGACUCAUUACGUAUUUGGAAAAACCAAAAUAUACUUUCUGUGCAUUCAUCGACAUUUGAUUGCGCGAAAUCUUAAUGUUCGCAUGCAACAAUUUUUGCAAUAUUUAAUUUCAGCAGAAAAUAGAAGCAGUGAUCAUAAGGAUAAUUUGGACACCUUUGCAUGGAAUGCGUUGAGCACUAAAAUCGUUUACGAUUUUACACGGAAAUACGUUGGUUGUCAAAAGAUGUUUCUUUAA